AGAGAUGAGCACUGAAAAAUCUAUUUUUUGUGUGCUGCAAGUAAACGUAACUUUUGACCACGUGACCUUAACCAGGAAGUACUGUGAGCGUCAACAAUACAGUGGCAGAGAUGUCAUCCUCAGACUGGCACCUGGCUUUGAAGCUGGUGGAUCAGCCCAAGUCCAUCUUCCACUUCCCAGAGAUGAUGCCUGGUGAUGUCCCACCUGGAGGAUACAGAGUGGCUACUUUAAAACAGCUGGUUGCAGCUCAGCUUUCAGACUCCAUCCCAGAUCCAGAGCUAAUAGAGUUGGUCCACUGUGGAAGGAAGCUUAAGGAUGACCUCACAUUGGAUGCCUGUGGUAUUCAGCCAGGAUCCACCUUACAUAUCCUCAAAAAGACUUGGCCAGAGCCUGAGAGCAGUUCAGAGCCUGUGAACAGAGCAACUGCAGCCAGAGAGUUUAGGGUGUUCCAUGCCGCUCUUCACUCUCUCAACUCUACCUACAGAGACUCAGUAUAUAAAAUGCUUACAAAUAAGGAGUCUUUGGAUCAGAUAAUUGUGGCCACACCAGGACUCAGGUCUGACCCAGUUGCCCUAGGGGUUCUCCAGGAUAAAGAUCUCUUUGUGCAGUUUACAGACCCUAACAUGCUGGAUGUAUUGAUCAGUUCUCACCCGGCUCUGGUCAACGCCAUCAUCCUGGUCCUGCACUCUGUGGCAGGUAGUAUGCCUGCACAGUCCAGCGCCAGCUCUUCUCGCAAUGUGUCUGCCAGUUCCUACAGUGACAUGCCAGGAGGCUUCAUGUUUGAGGGCAUGUCUGACGACGAAGAAGAUUUCCAGUCCAGCAGCCCAGCAGGACCCUCCAGUAGAGCGGGGACGUCAGCAGGAAUACGACCAGUGUCUCUGAGCCACAGCGGAGCAACAGGCCCUCGACCAAUAACACAGAGCGAACUGGCCACGGCCCUCGCGCUCGCCAGCACGCCAGACAGCAGCGCAGUCACUCCCACAACGGCAAGCCAGGCGGACCCCUCCAGUGGAGUGGCCCCCAUGCCAGCAGGGACUCCAGUCAGUAAUGAUCUGUUCAGCCAGGCUCUACAACAAGCUCUGCAAGCCACCAACAUGUCAGCAUUACAGGGCCGCUGGCAGUCCCAGAUGCAGCAGCUUCGGGACAUGGGGAUCCAGGAUGAGGAGCUGAUGCUGAGGGCGCUCCAGGCCACAGAUGGUGACAUCCAGGCUGCCCUUGAGCUCAUAUUUGCUGGAGGCCCAGGACUCUAAACUCAUGACCCAUGGAAACAGGCUUUUUACCAAGCAGAGAGGAGAGACAUUUUUACAGGCUUCAUGGAAACAUGGCACUGCCCAGGAGAUUUAAGCAAACUCUGACUUCAUUCAGACACAGACUUUUAUAUUAUUAGUCAAUUUUACAUCUAAACGUAGUGCUUACAGUGGCAUUUUUAUGAGUGGGCUUGUAAUAAAUCUGAUCAUAGUUAUCUCAUUAAUGUGUUUAUUUGAAAGGCAGAAGCAAAUAUCCACGUCUUGUGCUGUUUUGGAAUAAGCUCAAUACUGCAGAGACAGGGUGGAUUAUGGGUAAGCAAUGAUCCGGUGUAUAGUCUCUCAGUUUUUUUUUUGCGUCUUAUUUUUACAACCUCGUAAUUAUAUCAAUACACAUUUGCAAAUGAGCAAUGCAUACAUGAUGUACAGUCAAUUCGAACACAGUGUAAUUCCUAUAUUUGGACACUAGAUGGCAAUGCAGGAGCUUCUUUCUCUCCAGACAUGACUUUUAAUCAGAGUUCAUCCUCCAGACUUACUCGUGGUAUAUCUAUUGAGUUUUUUUUUCCCCUCCUUUGUUAAAAUCUAAGAUGUUGUUUUUGUUCUGCUCACUGUUGAGUGCUUGAUAAACGUUUGUUUUCUUUGCA